ACUGGCACCGGACUGGACCCCGUCCCGUACGGCAUCGCACCCCCAACCCCGCAGCCGCAGCCGCAGGCCGCAUCUCCCUCGCGUGCUCUGCCCUCUGUGCCUGCCCAUUCGUUGAUCCCAUCGGCUUCCGCCGGCUUCCCCUUCCCCGAUCCCCUUCCUCCUCCGAUCCAAUUCCGCACCCCGCACCUCGCCGCCGCCGCCGGCCAUGUCCAAGUACGGCACCAUCCCCACCUCCUCCUCCGCGGGCGGCGGGGUGUCACUCGGCGGCGCCUCCCCGCUCGACUUCAUCUCGCGCGCCAAGGCCCGGGGCGCCUCGGCGCUGGCGACGCGCCGGCCCUGGCGCGAGCUCGCGGACGUCCACGCCGUCGGCCUGCCCCCGAGCCUCGGCGACGCGUACCUCCGCGUGCGCGCCAACCUCGCGCACUUCGCCAUGAACUACGCCAUCGUCGUGCUCGUCGUCGUCUUCCUCUCCCUCCUCUGGCACCCCGUCUCCCUCAUCGUCUUCCUCGUCUGCAUGCUCGCCUGGCUCGUCCUCUACUUCCUCCGCGACGAGCCCCUCGUCCUCUUCGGCCGCGUCGUCGCCGACGGCUACGUCCUCGCCGCGCUCGCCGUCAUCACGCUCGGCCUCCUCCUCCUCACCGACGCCACCGCCAACAUCCUCUCCUCGCUGAGCAUAGGCCUCGUCCUCGUCCUCCUGCACGCCGCGCUGCACAAGGCCGACGACAACGCCGCAGACGAGGUCGACCGCUGGUACGCGCCGGUGUCACAGCAGCCGUCGCACUAGGUUCUGAAUGUGGCCAUUCUGCGCCUUGUUGUGAUCCUGUUCCUGUCCUGACUCCCUGUUUCCAAGUAUUCCUCCAGCUGUGCAAGUUGGGCCAUCCCCAUCUCAUCUGCGAUGAAGAACCUGCCCCCUGUUGAUUGUGAUUCACCUGCUGCCGGUUCCAUUGGAAGUUUUGGAUCCAGCCACGAUGCAGGGCUGUUAAACCUGUUCUCCACGCCCACUUCUGUGACCCGUUUAAAGCGUCUCAUUCACGUGUAUCAAAUCCGAACUGAAGUCUAGUGUACAUUUUGAGUUGGAGAAAUGUGAUGCCAGGGACCUGUGUUCAGAUUUUAUCGACGCCAUGUAUGUAGGCAAGCAAUGUUGAUAUUUCAAAACAUGGUUUUAUUGUACGUGGUGUCUUUCAAACAUGGUUUUGAGCAUGGGAA